AUAUACAUUAAUACACAAUAUAUUAAUCAGACAAAACUAUACAAUAAUAUAAAUAUACUGUCUGCAAUCAAAUUAAAGUCAAAGUAAAUGUAAAAAACACUUUUUAUGAUUUUUUUAUGGGUUGUAUUUUAACAAAUAUGCAUCAUACAUGGCUACUACCUGCAGGGACGUGCUUGGCGAGUACUGCGUCCAGCUACAACUCUCAGACCACAACCCGUAACUCUGACGGCUCAACAAGUUACGGCAUUUUCCAGAUUAACAACCGGCGGUGGUGCUCCAGUGACCAGGUCCCCAGCUUUAACAGCUGCCGGAUAUCCUGCAGCCAGCUGUUGACUGAUGACAUCACUGCUGAUAUUGAGUGUGCCAAGACUAUUGCCAACCAGCAGAGCAUUUUAUUUUGGCCAGGCUGGCAAGCCAACUGUCAAGCUCGGGAGUUGGGCCAGUACAUCGCUGGUUGUGAACUUUGAAUGAAGACCACAGAGUGAUGAACUUCAAUGCACUGGAUCUUAUAGAAGAAUGAAAGGAAAGACAAAUGGACUAAUAGUUAAUAUGUGAAUGAACCAAUAUAAUAAAAGUGUUGAAUAAACAGCCUGACACUGCUGUUAUUUACUGAUGGGUUAUUAUCAGAAAACUGUGCCUUUUGUUCCUUAAAACUUAAUGAAAACUUAAUAAAAAUGUACUUAAGAUUUCAAAUUGGCUUGACCAUUCAUCAUAUUUAUAGACAUAUAUCAUAUUUUACAUAUUUU